AUGAUGGUUGAUAAAAUUAAAAAGAUUGACCAUCAUGAAUCUCUUCCAUUUCAUAAAAAAUCAACAAAUCAAUCUCAAAUACAACAUCAAUUAUCUUCAAAUUCUUAUCAUUAUGAUGACAAAUCUGACAAUAGUAGUAAUCGAUCAUCAUCUAGAGAUUCGAUGCGGCUAGCAAUUCAUCAUAAACAUAAACAUAACAGUUUUUAUAAUCAUCAUACAACAACAAGCUUUAACACACCAUCAUCAACUUCAUUAUCAUCUCACACCUUAAAUUCAACUGGUACAAAACAAAUAGAAUCGUUUGAUAAAGCUGCUAAACAUUAUCAUCAAACUAAGACUGAUUCAGUUGAAUUAUCUCUGCAUGAUGCAGAAAUAUCAUCUACAAAUAAUCAACAUCAAAUAUCUUGUUUACAAAAUGAAAUGGAACCGAAUAAACAUUUGACUAUAGAUAAUCACCAAGUAUCAUCAUGGAAAGAUUUUAACAAAUCCAAUAUAUUACUUGUUAACUUAACAAAACCUCCAUUGGUAUGUUUCGAUGGAAAACUACCAAAAGAUGUAACAUUAACAAAUGUUUAUUUAAAAAUUGAAGGUCAUUUACAAAAAACAAAAACUAAUUUAGCAAAUGAGAAACUCUUUGAUUUUCUUGUUAAUAAAGUUCAACCAGUACUUGAUACGAAUUGGCUUGAUCGAUCAGAUGAAGAUGAUUUCAUUUUACAUGCAGUUUUUACAGUUGUACGAAAUAUUCUUUCAAUUAAAUCUGAACGACAAAUUUCAGAAGAAAGUGAUAUUAAUGCACAUGAUCUUGUUCUAUGGUCAAUUCAUAAGAGUAAUAUGGAAAAUUUGAUAUUAUUUUGUGGUAAUAAAGCUCAAGGUGAUGAACGUAUAAUGAAUAUUCUUGAAAUUAUUGUUUUAAUGUUACGAGAACAAUCUGCAGAAGAAUUAGCUUAUACAGGUGAACAACAAACAAAAAAUCAACGAGAGAAGAAUAAUGAAGCACUCGAUUUACUUUAUGAACGUGAAGUAGCUGAAAAACAACAAUUAAACAAAUUAACUGCACGUCGAUCAGCAUUUGGUGCUGCUACAUAUGUUAUGUGUAAUGCAAAAGGUAUUGGAGAAAAUCAACUUAUUUGUCAUCGGCCAUUACAAAGUCUUAAUACAAUGGAAUUUGAUCGAGAAAAACGUCGUUUUCGUCGACCAAAAAAUCGUGCACCUGUUAAAAAUGAUUUAGAUGAUUCUCAACAUCAUCAUUCAGCAUUAGGCAUUCGAUUAUAUCUUCGAGAAUUUUGUUUAGCAUUUUUAGAUAAUUGUUACAAUAUACUUAUGCCUCGUGCAAGGGACAUGAUUAUUAAAUCAACAUGUUUACUUAGUGAUGAAACAAAUUUUUUUUGGGCAAUAAGAUUUUUUACAGAAUUUAAUCGACAUGCACAUACAUCAAUUGAUCGUAUAAGUGAAACAUUACAAAUGAAUACAUUUCAUUUACUUCAUACAAAAAUUGAUUAUUAUAGAGAAAUGAUUAAAAUCGAUAAACCUGAAGCAAAACUUUGGGCAAAACGAUUACAAAUUGGCUUUGGUGCUUUUAAAGAAUAUAUUCUUUGUGUUAAAUCAAUGUUAACAAAUCCUAAUGAACUUAUUGUUCGUGCUGCAAUAAUUAUCAAAAAUAAUAUUUUCUAUAUGCAAGAAUAUCGUGAACAAAUUCAUGUUUUACUUAAAGAUUAUGAUAAUACAAAAAUGACUAAUGUUUAUCUUCAUGAUCUUAUUGAAAGUACUCAUGAAUUUCUUAAAAUGCUUGAAGAACAUACAUCAAAAUUAAAACAUGUUUUUGUUCAACGUCGUCGUACUGCUCGUAAAUCAACAACAAAGAAAAAUACAAAGAAGAAAAAGAAUGAAAAUGAUGAUGAACCACCGAAUGAACAAUUAGAAGAAGAAUGGCAAAACCAAAUAUCUGAACGAUUAUCAUCUUUAUUACAAGGUUUAGAAGAAGUUACUGUUAAUAAAUCAGAUGUAUGUCCAUUUGAUGCACUUUCUGAAGUUCCUAUUGAUGAUCAAAGUAUAACGGCUGUUGCACGAAUUCAACAUGCAUUACGAACAAAUAAAUUAGAUGAAGCAAUUGCAUUAUUUCGUGCUUCUCGAGAAGUUUGGCCAACAGAGAAAACAUUUGGUUAUGAAGAUAUUGGAGCUGAAGAAGAAUUUAAUUUACUUCGAGAAAUUUAUAUGACAUCAAAAAUGGAUAAUCUGUUACCAAAAAAUACUGAUGAAGAUGAUGAAAAUAAUGAAGAAGAACAUGAAGAAGGACAUGAUGAAGAUGAACAAGAAUCAAUACAUACUACUGAACGUGAAGAAGAAUUCGACUUUAAAAGAUUUAUAAUUCGUUUCGCACAUUCAAGUAUACUUUCGUCAUAUAUUGAUGUUCUUCGUACAUAUACAAGCAAUACACCAUAUUUAAAUCAUUGUAUAAUUCGUAUGUUUUAUCGUGUAUCAGUUGAUUGUAAUUAUCCUGGUAUACUUUUUCAAAUGUCAUUAUUUCGUAUCUUUCAAAAAUUUCAUCUUGAUCCAUUAGCAAAAUUACAACAAUUUUCUGAAUUAUUACAAUUUGGUACUUGGUUAUUACGUAAAUUUUUUGUAUCUACACAAAAGAAUCCAUAUAUAUAUGCUGAAUUACUUUUUUGGAAAGAUCGAAGUCUUGUUGAAGAUAUGCUUGAUGGAUAUCGUCAAAUUACUCAUACGAAUGAAGGAGAAAAAAAAACUAAAGCAGGAUCAUGGUCAAUUGAACAUCAAAUUGAAUUACGAGAUCUUUUUAGAAAAAUUAAAGAAGAACAAGCAGAAAAUAUUGGACUUGAACAAACUGAUAUUGUUGAUCGAAUUAUGUUGGAAUUAACCGAAAAAACAAAAACAAGACGUCAAAUAAUAAAAGAAUUAAAAAAUCAAGGCCUAAUUAAAAGUAUUAAAGAACUUAAACUUAAAAAAGGAACAAAUCGUCGAUCAAAAAAAAAAGAUUUUCUUGGUGAUUCAAAACUUGGUUCGGAUUCAGAUGUUUCAGAUAUAGACGAUGAUGAUGAAAACGAUGACAAUGCUGAUAAUAAUCGUUCUAUUGAAAAUAAAUUAAUUUCAUCUGAACAUGAACAAGAUCAAUCAAAUGAUUCAAAUUCAAAAUCUGAUAAUAUUAUAUCAACAGAAAUUCCUUCUAAAAACACUGCACAAGAAGAUAAAGAAGAAGAAGAAGAAGAAUCAUUACCAAUUCUAACAAAACAAAGUCGUAAAUAUGAAUCUUCAUCAAUGUUCAAUGAUAAUGAUAAUGAUGAUGAUGAUGAUGAUGAUGAUGAUGAUAUAUCUUCAUCACGACCAAUAAAAAAAGCACGUCGUCAGUUGGUGUCUUCAAGUGAAGACGAUGAUUAG